AUGAUAUGUCGAACCUGUCUCCGCGCCGCCUCGCGCGCACAAACAACCCCAUUCCCACGCCCACAACAAGCCUCACGCUUCCUCACCACCACAGCGCCCCUCCGCAACGCAACACCAAUCUCCGCAAGCACCGCAACGCAAUCCGCAGGCCGCCAAGGCGACUCGACAUCCUCGCACACACCGCCAACCGCAACUUCUACAUCCGCCGCACAGCCUUUUAGCGAGCCGUUAACGCCAGCUGCGAGUCCGGAUCUCAAGGCCACGGCUGCGGAGGCUGCAAAGAAGAAGGCUGCGCCGCUGGUAAAGAGCAGUAUACCGGCUGGACAACCACUCAAGGGAUUGAAUUUCUUGAAAGAUAGACAGGACCCUGUUGCGUUGGCUGAUGACGAGUACCCGAGUUGGCUGUGGACGAUAUUGGACCGACAGGAGAAGAAGGCCGAGGCUGGAGCGGGAGAUUUGUUCUCGAAAUCAAAGAAACAACGUCGUUUAGCUGCGAAGCGCCUCCGUAAGGAACAAGCCAUGAACCCGGAGAUGAUGGUACCAAAAGUGCCGUUGUACGAGCAAACUAUUGAUUUACCGGCUGGAGACGGUAGUCUGGAGGGGUCGAUCAAGGCGCAGGAUGCGCGAGAGGAGUUGACAAAGGCGAUGAGGAAUAAGAGGAGAGCUAGCAUCAAGGAGGCUAACUUCCUGAAGGCCAUGGGAUAG